AUGAAGGGCCCCCAGAAGGAGCCCCCCAAGAGAGCCUCCAGGCCUCCGGGCCCCGCCAGCUGCCGCAAAGAAGAUGCCAGCUGCUCCAAAGCCAAGAGCAAGGACAAGGCGCCAGAGGCCCAGAAGAACAGGAGCCUGGACUCCACGGACCAAACCCGCAGGUUGUCCCUGCUGGCCGCGUUGAAAGCCUAUGGCCGACUGAAGCUGUCUAUAGUGGAGAAGCGCCAGGCCCGGCUGCAGCAGCUCUAUGACCCUCUGACCUUGGACAAGGACAUGCUGAAGCCCGAGAAGGAGAACCUGGUUCCCGAGAAGACGUUCUGGGGCGACCAGGAGCCCCUCUCCAAGAUUCCAUUUAAACUGCUGAAGGGACACCAGCAUACGGUGAACUCCUGCCACUUCUGUGUGGAGGACACAAAGAUCCUCAGCGGCUCCUAUGACUGCUCCCUCCUGCUGUGGGACGCCAUGGAAGGCACUGUGAUUCGGGACUUUCAGGCUCAGCACAGAGCUCCUAUCUUUGAGUGCAGCAUCACUGCUGACAACAGGAGAGUGAUUGCAGGAUCCUAUGACAAAAAAGUGAACGCUUGGGACUUUGAAACAGGCCAGCUGCUGUGGGAGAUGAGUCAUGAUACCCUCAUACUCUCGUGUAAGAUUUCUCCUGAUGGUAAAUACGUGGUCUCUUGCCUGGAUGUGGACCGUGGAAUCUGUGUAUCAGAUGCAGAGAGCACUGCCACCUUGUCCCACAUCAAAGAUUAUCAUGAAAAGUCCAUCACGGCCUGUUGCUUUGACCCAGAUAGCCAGAGGGUGGCUUCCGUCUCCUUGGACAGGAACAUCAAGAUCUGGGACGUGUCAUCCCAGGCUGCGGUGCUCACCAUCACCAAGGCACAUACUAAUGCGAUCUCCAACUGCUGUUUCACCUCCAGUGGUCAUUUUCUGUGUACAAGCUCUUGGGAUAAAACCUUAAAGAUAUGGAAUGUCCACACAGGGGAGUUUCGACACUGUGGCGCCUGUGUGACUCUGAUGAAGGGCCACGAAGGUUGUGUGAGCUCCUGUCACUUCUCCAGGGACACCUCUGUUCUUGCAUCUGGAGGGUAUGACAGGGCCGUGGUCAUUUGGGAUGUGGCAGAAGGCUACAAGAAGCUCUCCUUGAAGGGCCACGAUGACUGGGUGACGGAUAUUGCCAUCAGUGCCAACAAGAAAUGGCUCCUGUCUGCCUCCAAGGAUAAGACCAUGAAAUUAUGGAAUAUUGAAGAACUUGACCAAAUCCCUCAGGUUAUUGAGAACAAAAAGGCCUUGGGCUUAAAGAUCGGAAAGUGCAAAGUAUGUGACAGGCCUUUCUCCAACUAUGAAAGUGACAUCUUCUCCGACGCAGUCACCAAGUGUGCCCUCUGCCGGAUGAAUGAAACUAGUCACUAGAGAACUCAUCGAAAUCACUGGACAAAGAGCCCUCGAUAGGGGUCCCAAGAGAGGAGCCCUGCAAGAACAAUGAUGACUAAUGCCCACCAGACCCUGUGAGUGACGAGAAAAAAAGAAAAAGUCAUCCUCAUGUAGUUAUGGGGCUCUGCAGGGACCUUUUGUGAAAGCCCUUCCUUGCCUGGAUGGGCCUGUCAGUGGG